AUGUGCGCUCCCGGGCCCAUUCAAGCAGUGGCUGUGGUGGGGAACGUUCUCUAUGCGAUGGUUCAGUCAUCUUUCCAGUUCUACGACCCAGCAACAAACACUUGGAAGAGCCUACCGUUUCCGCCGAAUUGCCAAUAUGACACAGCGAGAAUGACAGCAAUGGACACAACGAUAUUCAUUGUGGUGGACAAAGGGGACAAUCGCAGCAGCAAUGCCUACUGCUACGAAGUUUCUGAGGGCCGAUGGAGCAGAAUCCGCUCAUUCCCCCGUUCAUCUGAUGGAGUAGCCCUGACAAGUUGUCAGGGAGCUUUGUUUGCAAUCGGUGGCUACGCACAUCACCCUGUGGAUCCAAAGGUUACCCAACGUCGGCCACCACAAAACGGCUUUGCCUUCGGAUUAGGUCAGCCUUCUGUACCCACCCCACAAAUCGAGCAUAGGAAAGAACCGGUUUCAGCUGUCGAAGCUUUCUUCCCACCGAAGAAGUCCUGGGAAGCAGUGUCGCCGACGACCCGACCCCAUGCAGAAGCAACCACAAUGGUCAAAGCUGAUACCAUAUACAUUGCAGGUGGGCAAAGCUUAUAUGCCGCUGUCGAGAUGUGCAGAGUCCUCGUCAAGGAUGACGUGACUGUUUCAGCCUGGUCCGUGGUCCCCCAGCCUUCCUGCGUCCACAAGUUUGCCUCUCAAGUCACCGUCAUCGACCGUAAGGCCUACUUCAUCCUCGGCGGACAAAUGCACUUCACCGGCAAGUUUGUGGACACUCACACGUCAGAGGAAGAUGUGGAAGACAUGUGUCUGGCGUUUCGGAAGGGUCUUAACACAAGCGGCGUAGAGGUUUGCGUCACCUUAGCACUACCCGAAGCAAAGGACGAAUGA